AUGUCGACAGGAACGGGUAUGUCGGCGGAAGAGCUGCGCGAGGUGCGUGCGCAGUUUCCCGCACUGGUCGCUGCCGAUUCCGACGAUUCUGAGCAUGGCGGAUAUGUGUUUGCGGAGAAUGCGGGUGGCAGCCAAGUGCUGUCGUCGGUGGCGUUGUCGAUUACGUCGUACCUGCUCUCGACGAAUGUUCAGAUGGCAUCGUAUGCACUGGCUACGGCGUCGGAGCGGAAUGUGUCGCUGGGGACGUGUGCGGCAGCGGUGCUGAUAGGCGCUGAGUCGGCAGACGACGUUAUGAUCGGACAAAGUGCCACGUCUCUGGUCGCGAGCAUCGCUGCGAUGAUCGAGAACCGCGCUAAGUGGCGACCAGACCACGAAAUAGUGAUCAGCGACGCCGAUCACGAAACUAACCGCGGUGCAUGGACACGUCUCUCGCAACGGCUCGGUACGAAACUCGUCCAUUGGCCCGUCCAAUCCACGUGCAAGCAAAACCAGUAUGCGGUGACCCUCAAUCCGCUUACGCUCAAAGCUAUCGUUACGCCCAGCACCAAGUUGGUCGCGUUCACCGCGUGCUCGAACCUGCUCGGUGCGUUUACGGAUGUAGUCAAGGCGGUUGAGAUCAUUCGCUCGAUCGCGCCCGACGCGAUGAUCGUCGUCGACUGCGUAGCGUUAGCCCCACACCGUCGUGUACAGCCUGUCAAAUGGGGUGUCGAUAUCGGCUUCUUUAGCCUGUACAAGACGUACGGCGCACACGUGGGAGCCAUGUACGUCUCACCGCGCAUCAAACCGCAGCUCGCACCGCUCAACCACUUCUUCCUCCAACCCGGCACGGGCGCCGAGACGGUCAAUGGCAUGUAUCGCUACCAGACAAGUUCGGUGCAGUACGAACUGAACCACAGCAUCGCUGCCGUAGCCGACUACCUGGUAGGUUUGGGGUUGGGCAAGCUCGCCGACCGAGUCGCAGUUGAUUGGAACGCCAUGUUCGAUCGCCCUACUGCACUGCCGUACACAGUCGCUUCAUCGGCAAGUGAGACGGUGGCGAGGAAAAAGAUGAGCCGCAACGAGGUGGAAGAUGCACUCGAUUCAGCGUUCCUCAAGAUCGCGAGCCAAGAAUCGCGAUUGAUGUCGAUCCUGAUCCCGUCUUUGCUACGCUACGCUGGUCAAGGUUUGCGUAUCGUCGGGCCUGAAUGCUACACUUGCGCUACACGCGCGCCCACGGUGGCAUUUAUCAUCGUUGAUCCUUCCACCGGCCACCACCGCGUCGGAACGAGCAAGGCGAUUCACACGGCUCUGGUGCACAACUACAAGGUGGGCGCACAACAGGGCCAUAUGUACGCACACAGGUUGGUCGAGAGUUUGAACGUGCAUCUGCAGGAUGGCGUGGUGAGGCUCAGUUUCGUGCAUUACAAUACGGAGGAUGAGGUGACGAGAGUGGUGGCAUGGUUGGACGAGGUGUUGCAAAAUGUGCUGUGA